AUGAAUGAAAGACGAGGAACGAAGGGCCUGGAACUAUGGUGUCGCAAAAUGACAGAAGGUUAUCCUGGAGUUAAAAUCGAUAAUAUGACGACAUCUUGGAGAGACGGACUCGCUUUUUGUGCCAUAAUACAUCACUUCAGACCAGAUCUUAUAGACUUCUCCAAACUGAAUAAGGAUGAUGUAUAUCAUAACAAUGAACUGGCAUUCAGAGUGGCCGAACAGUAUUUGGGCAUUCCAGCGCUGUUAGAGCCAGAAGAUAUGGUAGAAUAUGCUGUACCUGACCGUCUGUCUAUACUCACAUAUUUGUCACAAUUUUACCAAGCAUUCGCAGUAAGAGAAGGUGCUUCAGCAGCUAGAAUGGCUCCAAAAAGACCCCAAGCACCAUCUGAUCAUGGAAUCGUAUCACCCGCUUCCACCAGUCCUCCUACCAAGGAAGUCUAA